UUUAUUUCAUUCAGCAUGUUACAGAAUGAUUUUCUUCUCGCGAAUUAAGACGUAGUUUUUGUAAUGAUCAGAUUAGAUUGUUGUAAUGUUGUAGAAGUCGAGUGUCUCGUACGACGUCGCAAACAGUCAUUCAGUAGCAAAGUGUCAGUGGAAGUGAAAGGUUCCCCAGUUAUUACGAAGUAUCGGUCAUUUUCAUCCAAGUUUCCGCAAGCUCAUCUUACAAUCUGUGAACUAAUUAAAUCUCUCAUUAUUAAAACAAUAAUCAUGUGGAUAAUAUUUUACUUUGGGCUGCUAUUAUUAAAUAUUAUAAUAUGUCAAUGGAUUUUGAAACACUUGAAGCUUCGAAAGGCAUUGAAAGGAAUACCAGCACCGAAAUUUCUUCCAAUAAUUGGAUUUUCUCAAGAAUUUCUCAAAUGUCCGUCGGAAGAUCGAUUCAAAUGGUUUAAUGAUCUAUGCUAUCAAUUUAAUAAUGGAAUGCUUUUAAUAUGGAAAGGCUUGGAACCUGGGGUGAUUAUCCGGAAACCACGACAAAUGGAGGUACAAUAA